CUACAGAUGUGAUCCUCCUUUCUACUUUAACAUCAAAGGGAGUUCCCCCAAAAGAAGUGGCAUCAUCACAGAAAUGGAGGCUCAGGUGGCCCAUGCCGCCAGUCCACCGCCUCACAUACUCGGCUACACGAUUAGGAGUAGGACAAGGAUAUGGGUCUCCUACAUAGUGCCCGCCUGCCUGGGAGUCCUCGUUUAUAUAGUCCAAACUGCCUCGGACUUGGCACUGAGCUACCAGCAUUUUAGCCAGAAGGAACCGGGUUUUGGAGCGGGUACAUUAGUCCUGGUGAUCCUUCCCCCACUGAUCACCUUCCUUCUGGUGUUGACUUCUAGGGAGCAGCGCGAUUGUGCCUGCUCUGGUAGGAAUAGGUGCACUGCCCUUGCCCUUGGACUCGUUAAGCUCCUGCUGUUUCCCUUCUUUGUGGUGUUUAGGUUUUGUACGCGUCUGUUCUGGGCCAUCGAGGGACUCUUUCACGACGACGACGAUGUGGAGCGCAUGAAGUGUUUGGCCAAGGCAGAACAAACCUCCAAUAUCGAGCUGUAUCUGUUUAUACAGGCCUACGCCCAGGCAGCUCCACAGAUUAUCCUGCAGCUGUACCACAUGCUCGCCCAGGACAUGUUCCGGAACUAUGAGACCUCUGCUGUCCAGGCUUUAUCUCUAGUAUUCUCCGCCAUUGACUUGGCAGCUGUGACCACCAGCUAUCAUCGCAUUGAGAGCCAGCGGCGAGUGGGACGCCAUUAUCCUUGGGCCACGCCAAAGCAGGUGGAUGGCCAUCGCUGUCAGUUGGAGCAGAAUGAACGCCUGUGCUGCGAGGCUGCGCGAAGGAAACGCCAGUCCGAGCGCACCAUAACCAGCUUCCCAGAAUCGGACAAGAUCAUGGAGAACUUUCGAUCCCGAACGUCACUCUUUAACCCCGGUGAAGCCUCCCACGAGUUGCACUUCCAGGGCGAGGACGAGGUGGACAACGAUGCCUUGGAGCAGAUGGAAACUCGGGCUUUAUUGCACUCCGGUCCCCGAGACAAUGCCACAGACGAGGAAAAGAUUCAGGGGACGAGACCCAAGCUGAAAGUGCGACACGAGGAUCUGGGUGAUGUGAAUACCAUCGAGGUGCUGGACAGCAUUCCCGAGACUCCAGCACCACCGCCUCCGCCAAAAACAGCUCCGCCUGAGCUACCUGUCCUGCAGCCCACCGAAGAUGAUCCCCCAACUCCCGAUCUCCGUAGAACCAUGUCGGAUAAGGAUACCACAAAGAGUCGUCGGGUCACCAGACCCCUCUCACAAUUGGAAACCUUCAAGGACAUGCUUCUGGUCAACGCUCAGCUCUACAUCAAGCAAAAUGUCCCCCAUCCGCCAAAGCUACUCCUGGGAAAAGUGAGCGAGGAUGCGGCGGAUGAUCACAGCAUCCUCAUUCCACAGACACCCAAGACACCAUCUCCCCUGACGCCCAAAGAUGUGGUGGACUUUUACUUUCCGCGGCCCACAAAGAUAGUGAAUGGCAUCCAGCAGGAUGACUUUGCGGGCAAAACAGUAUCCUUUUUCGGAUGGGUCGCCUUCAUCAUCAUGCGGAUGCUGGCGCUGUCCACCUUUUGUGUCUUCUAUCCGCGUGCCUUCUUCAUCCUGGUCGGUGUUCACUACGCCCUGAUGCUGGCCUGCCUGGUCCUGGAAACCCGCUGUCGAGGCAGCUGGAGCCGCACCCUCUUCCUUCUACUCCUGGCCUACAUAUACAUCUUUGUGCUGAUGGAGUUCCGGGUGAGCUUCAAGAGCGUUCGCCUUUGGUAUGGGGGCUACUUGGUCCUAACCAUGGCGGAGAACAUCACCGUGUCGAGCAUUUGGUUUGUAAACGAAGAGUGGGAGUCCUGGUGGAUUGGCUUCAUCUGGGAGUGGAUCGUGUACAGCGGUGUGCUCUUCGUGGCCACGCUCAUAGUCUACUACUGGAUUUUGAAGCCGAAGGAGGUCGCCCUCAUAGUGGAGGAUGAAGCGUUAAAUCCCGAGGCAAGUCCAGAGGAGCAACCCGUUACCUAGCAAUGGCUGCCUUGGUUGAUUUGUUGGAUCGAAGGAGUCGCCUGGUUGUAGCUUGUAAGCUGUCAGUCUUGUUGCUGGCAAACGAAUAAAUUAUUUAUCUUAGUCUUAGAACCGAAACAUUAGUAUUAAAAAUGGUGGACCGUG